CCAUAAACUGUAGCGAAUGUAAACAAUGUUUGCAUAUUUGGAAAUUUUGUGGGAGUUUCUGUGAUAUAAAGAUAGGUUAAAAUGAUCAGUUCAUUCUUAUGAGAAUGGGAGUUCCGCUUUCGAAGGAAUAUAAUGAGUACAAAAAUAUUGCGCAACGUUCAUCUUACAAUCACAAUGUAUCGGCUCCUAAUUUCGGUGCAUGUGUCCCAUUUUUCGAGACCGUCAGCCACUUUUCCGACGACAACUGUUGUAUAUCUUACAAAUUACAAUCUAAUUGCAUUGGAGAUCGACAUUUUCAUGCCAAUAUCCAGAAAAGAGGCCUUGCUGCCUUCUUGAUAGUAAGUGAUCUCAGUCAUGGGACAUCAAGCACAAUAUACGACAUUCAGGCUCAAGGGGAGAUAAUUCUGCUCCCAAAGAAAUUACUCCAGUAUACAGAUUUGCAAGUCUGCAAUGUCAUUGGACUGCAUUAUGAAUGGAUAGUAGUUCAAAUUUUUUGUCAAGAUGGAAUGAAGUUUUUUAUCUGUGAUAUUUCAACAAACACCUGUAUAGUGCAAUAUACACGAAAGUAUGUACCUCAAGCCAAAUUGAAAUUAUUUGAAUGCCACAUUAGUCCUAAUAGGAUGUUCAUGUUGCUUAAACAAAAUGAGCUUUAUCAAACUUUAUACAACAGCAAUGCAGAAGAUGGAGACAGUUUUUUACUUCUGAACAUUCAUCUACCGAUUGCAACAUGCACAGAGGAGCCGUGUGAACUACUUAAAAGCUUUGUCUCCCUGGCUAAUGGGAAGGUUGCUGCAACCUUUGACCCUCGUAAAGACAGCGACUUGAUUGUUUACACAAGUGUUAUGCCUGAUAAAUUAAACAGAGACAUCUAUAGAGGACAUAUUGGGUUAUACAAAGCCAGCCGUGACUCAUUUGUGUGCACCACCGGAUUACUUAAUCAGGAUUUCCCAGCAUUGCCUGGAAAGUUUCUAAAUCUCCAGUUCCUUCGCGAUGGUUCUGCUUUGGUCAUGGCUGUUCUUGGGUCUGUGAAUCCCACUAGAACAAUCUCCAUCUUGUGUCGGAACCAGUUUGUGACCGUCUACGUGUUGGAUCCAGAUUGCUUUCAGCGGACUGGAUCAUUUUCGUACAUUUCUCAUACACUAUAUCAACAUUUUGCUCCCGUGAUCUCACCUAGUGGAGCAUUAGCUUGCUGUGCAGGUAAAAUCUACAACAUCGAACAUACCAGCACACAUCAAACAACUAUGAAAACCCUUAAGCGGCUUUGUUACAAUGUCAUUGUGGAUUUUGUCUUACCAGAGGACAUACAAUACUUGCCAUUACCCAAAUCGCUCAAAAAUUAUUUACUGUGACCCUUGGAGUUAAAUACAGUAAAACAUUGAAAUGUAGUUAGGAUAAACAUUCUGCAGUACUUGUUAAAACUGGGUGACUUAGAUACUGUUAUCUUCAGGACACAUGUAUACAGAUUAUUAAAAUAAAACCUGCACUUUAUUCUUGAACCACAGAAAUAAAUUGUUAACGUCGACAUGAUAAAAAAACAAACACAUAGUGCUGAUAUUUUAACAAAUAUCUCAACAACCUUGGUCAUAAAAUUAAAAAAGAAUUGUUUGAUCAAGUUUCAUCUUCAAUUGAUAUACAAACUCAUUUGAACAGGGACUGCAGUAGCUCAAAAAACAAGGAAAGCAUGUUUUUAAAUUGAUUCUCUGCAUCUUACGUGACAAAUAUACUAUAUACCAAUUCUGUGAUCACAGGGUAUCAUUUAUGUUAUGACAGAUCAAAUAUAAUAUUGUGAAGAUAUUGUUUUUUUAUUUGUUCAAUUUCAUAAAACUUAAUAAAAAUUCUUUUUUUACAUUUUAAA